AUGCAAUGUUUACACCACUUUUUCUUGUUCACCCUACACUUCUUUUACCUUUCCCCUUUUUUCUUGUUUUACCUCUCCUCUUUUUUCUUGUUUUACCUCUCACCUUUUUUCUUGUUUUACCUCUCACCUUUUUUCUUGUUUUACCUCUCACCUUUUUUCUUGUUUUACCUCUUACCUUUUUUCUUGUUUUACCUCUUACCUUUUUUCUUGUUUUACUUCUCACCUUUUUUUCUUGUUUUACCUCUCCUCUUUUUUUCUUGUUUUACCUCUCCUUUUUUUUUUUUUACCUCAACUUUUUUUUUUUUUUUGUUUUACCUCUCCUCUUUUUUUUUUUGUUUUUACCUCUCCUCCUUUUUUUUUGUUUUUACCUCUCCUCUUUUUUCUUGUUUUACCUCUCCUUUUUUUUCUUGUUUUACCUCUCCUCUUUUUUUGUUGUUUUUUUUUUUCUUGUUUUCCUCUUUUUUUUCUUGUUUUACCUCUCCUCUUUUUUUUCUUGUUUUACCUCUCACCUUUUUUCUGGUUUUUACCUCUCACCUUUUUUUCUUGUUUUACCUCUCCUCUUUUUUUCUUGUUUUACCUCUCCUCUUUUUUUCUUGUUUUACCUCUCCUCUUUUUUUCUUGUUUUACCUCUCCUCUUUUUUCUUGUUUUACCUCUCCUUUUUUUUUUUUUCUUGUUUUACCUCUCCUUUUUUUUUUUUUUGUUUUACCUCUCCUUUUUUUUUUUUUUUCUUGUUUUACCUCUCCUUUUUUUUUUUUUUUGUUUUACCUCUCCUUUUUUUUUUUUUUCUUGUUUUACCUCUCCUUUUUUUUUUUUUUUGUUUUUUAAUCCUUUUUUUUUUUUUUCUUGUUUUACCUCUUUUUUUUUUUUUUUUUGUUUUCUCCUCUUUUUUUUUUUUUUCUGUUUUACCUCUCCUUUUUUUUUUCUUGUUUUACCUCUCCUUUUUUUUCUUGUUUUACCUCUCCUCUUUUUUUUCUUUUUCUUUUUUACCUCUCCUCUUUUUUCUUGUUUUACCUCUCCUCUUUUUUUCUGGUUUUACCUCUCCUUUUUUUUUUUCUUGUUUUAUCUCUCCUCUUUUUUUUUCUUGUUUUACCUCUCCUUUUUUUUUUCUUGUUUUACCUCUCCUUUUUUUUUUUCUUGUUUUACCUCUCCUUUUUUUUUUUCUUGUUUUACCUCUCCUUUUUUUUUCUUGUUUUACCUCUCCCCUUUUUUCUUGUUUUACCUCUCACCUUUUUUUUUUUUUACCUCUCCCCUUUUUUCUUGUUUUUUUUACCUCUCCUCUUUUUUCUUGUUUUACCUCCUCCUUUUUUUUCUUGUUUUGUUUUACCUCUCCUCUUUUUUUCUUGUUUUACCUCUCCACUUUUUUCUUGUUUUACCUCUCCACUUUUUUUCUUGUUUUACUUCUCACCUUUUUUCUUGUUUUACUUCUCACCUUUUUUCUUGUUUUACUUCUCACCUUUUUUCUUGUUUUACUUCUCACCUUUUUUCUUGUUUUACUUCUCACCUUUUUUCUUGUUUUACCUCUCCUCUUUUUUUCUUGUUUUACUUCUCCUUUUUUUUUUCUUGUUUUAACUCUCCUCUUUUUUUCUUGUUUUAACUCUCCUCUUUUUUUCUUGUUUUACUUCUCCUCUUUUUUUCUUGUUUUACCUCUCUUUUUUUUUCAGUUUUAUCUCUCCUCUUUUUUUCAGUUUUACCUCUCCCCUUUUUUCUUGUUUUACCUCUCCUUUUUUUUUUUUUUUUUCUUGUUUUACCUUCCUUUUUUUUUUUUUCUUGUUUUUUUCUCCUUUUUUUUUUUUUUUCUUGUUUUACCUCUCCUUUUUUUUUUUUCUUGUUUUACCUCUCCUCUUUUUUUCUUGUUUUACCUCUCCUCUUUUUUUCUUGUUUUACCUCUCCUCUUUUUUUCUUGUUUUACCUCUCCCUUUUUCUUGUUUUUACCUCUCACCUUUUUUUUUUGUUUUUUCUUGUUUUCUCCUUUUUUUUCUUUUUUAACUCUCCUUUUUUUUCUUGUUUUAAAUCUCCUCUUUUUUCUUGUUUUACCUCUCUUUUUUUCAGUUUUAUCUCUCCUCUUUUUUCAGUUUUACCUCUCCCUUUUUUUCUUGUUUUGUUUUACCUCUCCUCUUUUUUUCUUGUUUUACCUCUCCUCUUUUUUUCUUGUUUUACCUCUCCUCUUUUUUUUCUUGUUUUACGUCUCCUUUUCUUUUUCUUGUUUUUUCUUGUUUUACCUCUUUUUUUUUUUGUUUUACCUCUCCUCUUUUUUUUGUUUUUCUCCUCUUUUUUCUUGUUUUACCUCUCCUUUUUUUUUUUUUUUCUUGUUUUACCUCUUACUUUUUUUCUUGUUUUACCUCUUACUUUUUUUCUUGUUUUACCUCUCAACUUUUUUUCUUGUUUUACCUCUCAACUUUUUUUCUUGUUUUACCUCUCAACUUUUUUUCUUGUUUUACCUCUCCCCUUUUUUCUUUUUUAUCUCUCCUCUUUUUUUUUUCAGUUUUAUCUCUCCUCUUUUUUUUUUCAGUUUUAUCUCUCCUCUUUUUUUUUUCAGCUUUAUCUCUCCUCUUUUUUUUUUCAGCUUUAUCUCUCCUCUUUUUUUUUUCAGCUUUAUCUCUCCUCUUUUUUUUUUCAGUUUUAUCUCUCCUCUUUUUUUCAGUUUUACCUCUCCCCUUUUUUCUUGUUUUUUUUACCUCCUCCUUUUUUUUCUUGUUUUGUUUUACCUCUCCUCUUUUUUUCUUGUUUUACCUCUCCCCUUUUUUUCUUGUUUUACCUCUCACCUUUUUUCUUGUUUUACCUCUCCCCUUUUUUCUUGUCUUACCUCUCCCCUUUUUUCUUGUCCAAUCUCCCCUUUUAUCUACCUACCCAUCCCCCUUUUUUCUUGUUCACCUUCUCCCUAUUUAUCCCCCUCUAAGCAGGUUAUAUAA